AUGAAGUACACAAUAACCGCCGCCGUCCUUGCUCUCCUAGCUGCCCAAGAGGGAGUUAAUGCCUUUGGCAUCAACAAGAAUGUUCAACGCACUUUUUCCAGGGCCACUGUCCCUGAUAGUGUUACCCAACUUUUUGCUGAGGGUAGCCAGAUCACCAUGCCUGCUCUUUCUUCCACCAUGAAGGAGGGAAAGGUUGUCUCCUGGCUCAAGAGCGAGGGUGAUGAAAUUGAGGCUGGUGAGGCCAUCAUGGUUGUGGAAAGUGACAAGGCUGAUAUGGAUGUGGAAGCAUUCGAAGAUGGCGUUUUGGCCAAGAUCAUUGUCGCUGAGGGAGAAAUGGCCCCUGUUGGAGAGGCUGUUGCCCUUAUCGCCGCUGACGCCAGCGAAGUUGAUGCAGUCAUCUCUUCCUUCGAGGGAGGUGCAGCUGCUCCAGCUCCCGCUGCUGACGCCCCGGCAGCCGAAGCUGCCCCUAGUGGAGGUGAGUUGCCUGACGUAGAACACACUGAAAUUUUCAUGCCAGCCCUUUCCUCCACUAUGAGCGAGGGAAAAAUCGUCGACUGGCUCAAGCAAGUCGGGGACUUUGUGGAAGCUGGAGAAGCUCUCAUGGUCGUCGAAUCUGAUAAAGCUGAUAUGGAUGUAGAAGCUUUUGAAGAUGGCUACGUCGCUGCGAUUCUCAAGGAGGAAGGGGAAAUGGCUGAUGUUGGUGCUCCUGUUGGAAUUCUUGUACCAAACGAGGCUGACAUUGCUUCGUUUUCUUCUGCUACUGCUGCCUCUAUUUCCACCCCGUCUGCCACUGCCACCCCCACAACUACAUCAUCCACAGGAGCUGCCCCAGCUGCCCCAGAAUGCGAAUUCAGUCAAAUUGAUAUGCCUGCCCUUUCCUCCACCAUGAAGGAAGGAAAGGUUGUUUCCUGGUUGAAGAGUGAGGGUGAUGCCAUCUCGGCUGGAGAGGCCAUCAUGGUUGUCGAAUCUGACAAGGCUGACAUGGAUGUUGAGGCCUUUGAAGAUGGCUUCCUUGCUGCCAUCAUCACUGGCGAGGGUGAAACCGGAAAUGUUGGAGCACCUGUUGCUUUGAUUGCUGCCGAGGAGAGUGAUAUCCCUGCUCUCCAGGCAUAUGCUGCCAAUCUCUCUGGUGCCCCAGCACCCGCCGCCCCUGCUGCUGCCGCCGCUGCUCCAGCUGCUGCUGCACCCAAGCCAGCGGCUGCCGCCGCCGCCGCUGUUUCCUCGGGAGACCGUGUCACUGCCUCUCCUUUGGCCAAGAAGAAGGCCGAAGAGCUCGGAAUUGACAUUGGCAGUGUUGCAGGAACCGGUCCUAAUGGACGUAUCACUGCCUCUGAUGUUGAGGCUGCCGCAUCUGGCUCUGCCCCUGCUGCUGCCAAGAAGGCUGCUGCCCCUGCCAAGCCUGUCUGGACUCCUGCUGCUGGUGUCAUUGCUGCCACCCCAACUGCUCGUGCUCUUGCCAAGAAGGCCAAGCUCGAUCUCGCCUCCAUUGUUGGAACUGGUCAAUUGGGCCGUGUCACUGCUGACGAUGUCAAGAUUGCCACUGGCGAGAAGAAGGUCGAACGCAAGCGUGCUUCUCCAGGUGAGGAAGUUAUUGAGUUGCCCGCUGGCUUUGUUCCCUUCACUGGUAUGCAAAAGGCUGUCAGCAACAACAUGGAAGCCACUCUUCCUGUUCCAGUCUUCCGUACUAGCCGAGAAAUUGUCAUGGAUGGAUUCGAUGGUCUUUACCAGAAACUGAAGAAGGAUGGUGUCACUGUGUCUGCUCUGCUUGCCAAGGCCGUUGCGUUGGCCAUCGAAAAGCACCCCAUUAUCAACAGCUCUUACUCCAGCAAGGAGGGAGGCGGUAUUGAGUACAACAGCGACAUCAACAUCGCUAUGGCUGUUUCCAUCGACGGGGGUUUGAUCACACCAACCCUUAAGUACGCCAACGAACGCAGUCUUCUUGAAUUGGGAGAGAACUGGAAGGAACUUGUUGGAAAGGCCAGGACUGGAUCACUCUCGCCCGAUGAAUACCAAUCUGGAACCUUCACCAUCUCCAACAUGGGUAUGUUUGGAGUUACAGAAUUCGGUGCCAUCUUGCCACCCGGCCAAGGAGGCAUCCUCGCUAUCGGUGCAACUCAAGAGCACAUUGUGCCAUGCAACCAAGCCGUUUUGGGAAUGAAGAAGAUCAAGAAGAUGACAAUCACUCUCACAGCUGAUCACCGUCAAAUCUACGGAGCUGACUCUGCCAUGUUCUUGAAGACUCUGGCGGACAUCAUGGAAAACAAGCUUGACCUUCUCUCCAAAUAA